AUCAUGUGACAAAUACAGACGAACUUGUUGAGCUUUCACGUCCUUCCUGUUCAGUGUGCUGCACUCGAGUGAACUUCGCUCAGUCAAACAAACAUCCGAUCGAACAGAGUGUUUUAGCAACGUGACGCCAGCACUAGAGUGAUUUGUGGGCUGGAAAAAGCAAGUAUGGAGAUUUCAUUUAGUGGAAAGCGUGCUCUUGUGACUGGAGCUGGCAAAGGGAUCGGACGGGCCACGGCACUGGCUCUGGCACGCUGUGGGUCAGAGGUCACGGCUGUCACACGCACUAAGGCUGACCUGGAGAGCCUGGUGCAGGAGUGUCCCUCCAUUAAGCCGGUGUGCGUGGAUCUGUCGGACUGGGACGCCACAGAGCAGGCGCUGAAAGACGUGGGUCCGGUGGAUCUGCUGGUGAACAAUGCGGCCUGCGCUAAACUUCAGCCCUUCCUGGAAGUCACGCCAGAUCAGUUUGACACGUCUUUCAAUGUCAACGUGAAGGCUGCACUUCAUGUUGCUCAAAUCGUGGCUCGAGGAAUGAAGGCCAGAGGAAGUGGAGGAUCCAUUGUGAACAUCUCGAGUCAAGCCUCACAGAGCGCUCUGAGAGAUCACGCCGUUUACUGCGCCACUAAAGGAGCGCUGGACAUGCUGACCAGAGUGAUGGCGCUGGAGUUGGGCCCGUAUCAGAUCCGAGUGAACUCUGUGAAUCCGACCGUGGUGAUGACAGAUAUGGGGAAGAUUGGAUGGAGUGACCCAGAAAAAGCCAAAAGCAUGACGUCACGCAUCCCGCUGGGGAAGUUUGCAGAAGUGGAGGAUGUGGUGAACUCCAUCCUCUUCCUCCUCAGCGAUAAGAGCGCCAUGACCAACGGCGUCAUCCUGCCCGUGGACGGAGGUUUUCUGGCUUGCUAAGAAUGAAUAUAAUCACACACAGGUGAAUGAAGGUGAUUGGAUGCCUUUUACCUGUGACAAGUCAUUUUCAUUGUAUUCGAAAGAGCAGCAUGAACAUUCUGCUGAAUAUCUCCUUUUGUGUCACACAAAAAAGACAGUCCACUGUGGGAUUCUGAGUGUGAGUAAAUAACAUAAAUGGUGUUUUUGUGUGAAUGUUUUCUCUUAGUGUAACACACUAGAGCAGCCUGCAUAAUGAGCAGGACAUUAAACUGAAGUGAAGCGUUUAACAGCUGUUGCUCUAAUGAGCUCAUAUGCUCCUCAUGAGAGCCUGAAGGUCUCUGCUUCCAGUUGCCAUGACAAUACAGUAGAUUUUAUGUCCUGUAGUAUCAUCUACGGCCUGUAGAGAUCAGCAAUCACAUGAUUUUUAUUUCUAUUCUGUUCUGUUCUAUUCUAUUCUGUCUUAUAGAAUUUUUAAAAUAAUUUUAUCAUUUGUUUUUUCAAAUUAAUUCCUUAACAUGUGAACAUGGACCGUGGUCAUAAGGGUCAAUUUUUCGAAAUUGAGAUUUAUACAUUGUCUCAAGGUUGAAUAAAUAAGAUUUUCAUUGA